AUGGCAGAGCGCGAAAGUGCAGCAAGCAAAGUGCCUGCUGAGAGGCCCAGCUUGAAGGAUCCAGCGAUUCUGAUUCCAAGAGACCCCCUGGAUUGGUGGAGCGGAGAGUAUCGGAGCCGGCCCCUGACUGGCCUUAUCUUCGAGAUGGGGGACUGGUGCGUGCUGUGCCGCCACGAUGUUAAUCUAUGGCGUGAGCAGCUGCCGCGGUUGGAGGCGCUGGGAGGCACCUUCUUCAUAGUGACUGCACAGUCCCAGGAGGCCCUGCGGACGUCUGCGAGUGACUGGGGCCUAAAUGGACUCCCGGUGGUGAGCGACCCGGACAACGUGCUCGCGCGCGACAUGGGCAUCAGCGUAUGCGAAGAGCCCGUGCGGCCGUGCAUCCAGCGCUACUUCGACACGUACAAGAACAACCAGGUUUGCGCGCCCGGGUACGUCAUCGUGAAUCAGCAGGGCGCGGAGCUCUCGGCGUGGCACCAGACGCCCACGGUGCACAACAUCGGAGGGGCCAUCGACCGCCCAGUUCCUUCCAACGUGAUCUCCCAUCUGGAGAACCGGGUUGCGGACGCCCCGGGCGAGUCGGACGUCCGUAACCCCAACGAAGUGCUGGACGAUUUCGCUCCGUACAUCGAGCAAGUCUUCUGUGAGCUCCCCGACUGCAUCCAGGAGCUCAUCAUCGAGGAGAGGCACAUCGCGGCCGCGAAGUGA